AUGAGCCUCCUCUUGAGUUUUCUUGACAGUUUAUCUCUUGGCUAUGAUACAAAUUCAUACGAAAAUGAAAUAGCCUCUAACUUAGAAGAAUAUAUCAAUUCUCAGAUCUUUUUAGUCUUACAAUUAGAUGUUUUAGAAAGAAUAAUCUCGAAACAAACAAAGCCCAUUUCAUAUUCUUCUGGCAAGAAUUUUUUGAAACAUUGCGUUCAAAAUUUCGGGUUGCAAUCAAUUGUUUUGUUGAAAUAUCUUCGAGUUGAUCCAUUAGAUGAAAAAAGAGCAAAAAGUUUACUUAAAAUAUUCAACCAAUGCCCAAUCAUCAGUUAUUUAAAUUCGGAAGCUGAAAGUGAUAACGAAGAAAAUGAAAAUCCAUUUUUAUUAUCCCUUUCCGAUACAACUCAAGCGAAAAAUAAUGAUUUCGAUAGUACAUCGCUAUUUUUAGAUGAUAUAUUUACUGCAUGCAAGAAAGGAGACCAUAUUCGAGUUCUUGAAUGCAUAAAAGAAGAUCCUGAAGUCAUUAGCACACGAGAUUCUCAUAUGAAUACUCCCCUUCACGUAGCAGUUCUCUCCAAACAAUACGAAGCCUGCAAAACCUUAUUAGAAAACGGAGCAAAUCCAAAUGCGAUAUCUUCUUACGAUUACACACCAUUACAUUACUCCUGCAUGAAUGAGGCUCAAGAUAUUGUUGAACUCCUUCUGAAUCAUAACGCGGAUGUAGCAGCUGCAGCAGAAAAUGGAUUAACUCCUUUACAUCUUGCAUCAGGAGGAACAAAUUUGAAGAUUUGCGAAAUUUUGGUUGAAAAAGGAGCUGAUGUAAAUGCCACAGGCAAAAAUGGAGAAACUCCUCUUUCGGAAGCAAAAGAUGAGUACAUAAUUGCAUUCCUUCGAUCUAAAGAUGCAUAUUAA